CCCAUAUUUCAGCACGCAAGUUUCUCGCUACCGGUGGCUGUGCGCGGGACUUCUCCGGGUGCCCCGCAGGAUUCGUUGCGGACGCCGGUAGCUGUGCCCCGGGUAUGUACGACGGACCGUGUGGCGCUUUUAGCGCAUCUAUGGAUGCCGCGGCAAAGGGGGAAUGGAGCUGGAAGUGUGGCGCCAGCUGGCCUUGUGCCUAAUUUGUCUGGUGGCCAGACAAUUGCGAUGUUUAAACUAGUAUAUUGAAGUCCUCACUCACAAAUGCUCCGCCUGAUUUAAGUAAUUUCUAACGCCUCUCGGACUUAGCUGUUCUCCCACGAUUGACUGCAUGAUCGAUUCGUCGUUUCGCUCAUGGUAGUCUCAUAAUUUUCGAUCCAUAAAAGUGCAUCAUCAUCAAAUCACAUACGUAUGUCUAUCAAAAGAUUAGGUUUUUUUCGAAACUCAGUAACAAGAAUGGGUGUCCGAGCUUUCUCUGCGUUCGUUGCUCUGGCGCUAGGCGCGCGCCACGCCGCUGCGUACACAGCGAGUAACUCUCCCUACAUGCCUGGUAACUGGAAUCUUCCGGCCGCAGGCACUGAGGUAUUCGGCGCUGAUGUUGCGAAAUCGCUUCCGGAAAUCUAUGUUCGUUUUCAGCUUCCAGAAGUGUCGGCGCAAGCGCUUGCCGCCGAUGUCGAAAGCACUAGUGAGAUUGACUCGCGGAUCCAUGCGAUCGCCCAGGAGCUCGCAGCAGACAAGAAUUUGAUUGGUAUGAUGGCACCGUCUUCAUUUUUGCGUAAGGGUGACGCCGAUAUUUUUGCAGCUUUGAACUCCGUUAAAGGAGGAUCCGGCUCGGCCGGCUUUCCUGGCAUGGAAGCUUGGAGCGAGUUCAUGGAAGGUGUAGCGCAUUCCCCCCGGCCGCAUGUAUCUCAAGCGGCUACCGCCUCCGGCUGCUGUUAA